UAUAAUCUUAGGCGGGCCCUUGGUUUAACGUACCCUAGGUAUUUCUUUCGGCUUCCUCGCUGCCCUACUCCAUUACUCCAUUUGCACUCCACCGGUUCCCGGCGAGCCGCGAGCACCCCUGGCAACUAUUUUUUUCACGACUUGCAUUCGGGUCAGCUUUGACUAUGGAACAUCCGAAGAGGCGCUCACAUGCUCUUACCGGAGAAGUGAAUUUUGCCCAGGAGGAUGAUAAACGAUUAGAGACAACUAGAGCAAGAUUGUCUAAUGUUCUUAAAAGGCAUCAAGCAUUGACUGAGCGUCUUCAAAGGGACUCUGACAAAAUGAUGUUUGACCGUUUGAUAAAGGAAUUUGACGCUGCACGAGCUUCUCAAACUGAUGAAAUAUCUUUAGAAGAUGAGCAAUGGAAUGAUGGACUACUAGCCACAAUCCGUGAGAAGGUUCAUAUGGAAGCUGACAGAAAGGCGUCUUUGCAUGAAGCUAAUGAAACAAGCAUGCCAACAGAUCCUCUUCUAGAUGCAAAGAUCACAUAUAGGAUUGGAAACAAGAUUAUUUGUUGUCUUGAAGAUGCUAGAAUUGGCAUACAGUAUGAAACAUCAUUUGCUGGAGAACCUUGUGAAAUUUACCAUUGUGUGCUUGAAAGCAAAUCAUUUCUUGAAAAGAUGACUGUGAUUCAGCAUACUGUGCCUUUCUUUCUGCCAAUUCGGGAAGCAGAAAAUGAUCUUCUCUCUUCCAAUGCCAUAAAAUUCAUAGACUAUGUUGGUGCAAUCUGCCAAGCGUAUGUGGACAGAAGAGAGCAGGUUCGUCUUAUUAAGGAGCUCUAUGGUAAUCAAAUCAAGGAUCUCUUCCACAGUCUUCCGUACAAUAUGAUUGACUUUGUUUUGGAUGACUUUGAUUGCAAGGUGACUGUGAGUCUUAGGUACGCAGAUCUGGUUUCUAUUUUACCAAGUCGAAUUCGAGUUCUUGCUUGGCCUCUUCAUCCAUCGAAGAAGAUCUUAGGAACCGAGAAAAAAGGAAGUAUUGCAGCAGCCCAAUCUAUUCCAUCACGGCUUUCCUAUGCAGAGGAUGCAUUGAGAACUAUGAGUUUGCCUGAAGCAUACGCGGAAAUAGUGCUGAAUUUACCCCGAGUUCUUCAACAAAUGUUUCCUCCAGGUGCUACUUGAGACCCAUUUGUUUCACAUCUCUAUCAAUAUCCGGUGGAGUUAUCCUUGAUGAUCAAACCAUUGAAGCUUCGUUUGGAACAACUUUUUUACUGUUUCUUAAAGCAACUUUUUAGUAUAAAAAUUAAAACUUUUGUACUAAAAAGCUGCUUUAGGAAGCAGUAAAAAAGCCGUUCCAAAUGAUGGCUGAAUUGAUAUUUAGAAGAUAUUGUUAGAUUCCUAGGUGCAUUUCAUAUUGCUAUUAAGGAUUUUAGGAGUAGUGAAUGCCUGAUUGGAGAGUUAUUCCUGGCUUGUCUUUUGUAAAAUUUUCUCCCUUGGCCUGUGAAAGUAUGAUUGCAGGUUACUUGUUACAGAUUUCACAUUGUUUGGCUGGUUUACUUUAGUUAAGAGAGUUGGUCAUCUUCA